UCGACAUUGUGCUGUAUAAAUUGACGCUUUAUUAAGUACGCAUUUUUUUCAUUUCAUCAUUUUAUUCUAAACCAAGCGAUAUAACGAUGAAGACGAAGUCACUUGCAAAAUCGUUACUGAUCACUGCGAUAUUCUUGGGUGCUCUAAUAGUUUGGGUUCAAUUUUCGAGCUAUUCUUCGCUGAAAGACGUGAAAGAUGGUUCACAUAGUGUGUUCGAUGUGCCCGAGUUCAAGUAUUUAAUUUCGAAACCAGAAUGUAGUCGGGACAGUUCAACCCCGUAUUUUGUUACAUUAGUGCUUUCAAAGCCGUCGAGAUUCGAAAGGCGAAUUGCUAGUCGUGACACGUGGGCACACUCUGAUCCUAGGACGAAAACCUAUUUCCUAAUGGGUAUGGUUGAGUCUCCCAUACUUAAAAAACGAAUCAUCGUAGAAGAAGCAAAGUUUAAGGAUAUCAUUCAAGGUAAUUUCGUGGAUUCAUAUCGUAAUAAGACGUACAAGCACACAAUGGCCUUGAAAUGGUUUUCGGAAAAUUGUCCACAUGUCAAGUAUCUGUUGAAACUGGACGAUGACGUCUUUCCAAAUAUUCCGGCAAUCCAUCAAUAUUUGGUAAGCAGUGCACAAUACGGAGCGUAUAUACAUGGCAUCAAAGGGAAUCGUACAGUUGUUCGUGAGGGAAAACGGAAAAUUAAACCAGAAGAAUUUAACCAUGAUCAAUUUCCUGAAUAUGUAGACGGUUCAGCGGCUAUUUAUCCGAGCACUUUUGUACGGGAGGCACUCAAAAAAACACUCACGACUCCAUUUUUCUGGAUGGAUGAUGUUUACAUAUCCGGAAUAAUUCGGAAGAAGCUCAAUGCUAAAAUCAUAUCAAUAUCCCAUUUAAAAUUGACAACCAACACCCUGUACAAGAUCGGCAACGGCACACUCACAACUUUACCACGUCCAAUGUUUCUUGUUACUCAACAUAAACGCAAAUACGAAGAUGCGCUUAAACUCUGGGAAAUGACCGAAUCUUAUAGACACGCGCAUAAUAUUUAUUUGAAAACAUGA